AUUAGCGGAAACCGGCGAACUGCCAACAUCCCCUGCCCCCAUCUGGUAGCUAUCUCGUCCUCCGUCCUCACCCGCCGCCGCCGCGACCGCGAGCUAAACCACGGCACCGCCGGCGACCUCGUGGACCUCGCCUGUCGCCACAUCAUCGCUGCCGUCGCCUACUCGCCUCCCCUCCCCGACCCCGACCCGAUCCGCUCCGCUCCCCAUUUGUUUAUUCCGGCGCGUGAGCUAAUCACCGCGAGGUCCACCGCCGCCGAUAACACCCAAGCCAAGCGCGGUCGCUUCCGCGUCUUGAUUUCCUCCUCCUCCUCCUCCUCCCACUCGCGUGCGUACCUCCGCCUUAUUAUAUAGCGCUGGCCUGGGCGGGGCGGAAGAGCCAAAUGGUGGCGCUGCUUCGCUCGUGCCGCCGCCUGAUCCCGCACCUGUCCGCCUGCGCCGCCGCCGCGCCGUCGUCGUCAUCGUCGUGCGCUCCUCGGGCUAGGCCGAUCUCGCGGGGACUGCGGCUGCUGCCGGUGGUGCUCGCAAUGGCGGGGUACAGCAGCGGCUCCGCCGCGGAGGGGAGGAGGCUGCUGUUCAGGCAGCUGUUCGAGAAGGAGAGCUCCACCUACACCUACCUCCUCGCCGACGUCGGGGACCCCGAGAAACCCGCCGUGUUGAUUGACCCUGUGGACAGAACAGUUGAUAGAGAUCUCAAUCUUAUCAAGGAGUUGGGCUUGAAGCUAGUCUAUGCUAUGAAUACCCAUGUGCAUGCUGAUCAUGUCACUGGAACAGGAUUAAUAAAGACUAAGUUACCUGGAGUAAAGUCCGUGAUUGCAAAAGUAAGCAAAGCAAAAGCAGACCAUUUUAUUGAGCAUGGGGACAAAAUAUACUUCGGUAACCUCUUCCUUGAGGUACGAUCUACUCCUGGCCAUACUGCUGGCUGUGUGACUUAUGUAACAGGUGAAGGCGAUGAUCAACCUUCACCAAGAAUGGCUUUUACUGGUGAUGCCUUGCUUAUACGUGCAUGUGGAAGGACAGACUUUCAGGGAGGAAGUUCUGAUGAGCUGUAUGAGUCGGUGCAUUCGCAGAUUUUCACAUUGCCAAAGGAUACCCUGCUUUAUCCUGGCCAUGACUACAAAGGUUUCACAGUAAGUACUGUUGAAGAGGAGGUUGCGUAUAAUGCUCGACUAACAAAGGAUAAGGAAACAUUCAAGAAAAUUAUGGACAACUUGAACUUGGCCUAUCCAAAGAUGAUCGAUGUAGCCGUGCCCGCGAAUUUGCUCUGCGGUAUUCAGGAUCCUCCACCAUCCAAGGUCUGAGCUGUUCCGGCUGAAGCUUUCAAGCUGUUGUGAACUCACGGUCAACUCGAGAAGCUCGCAGCUAUGUUGUACAUUAAAUAAUCUGUUGUUAAUUUGUAAGGCACUACUUGGGAACAUUUCCGCUUCAUGAGAUCAACGGUAAUAAUAAUAAACAGAGGCUAGCUUGCCUCUUGUCUUGUGCUAUACAAAGCUCUCAGCGAAAGUCGGUUGAA